AUGCCUUCAACAUCUGUGGCGUCGCUCUCCUCGCAGCGGGGAAAGGCGACCACGACGAUGAAUACCACGACCACCACAAUGCGGUCCGCGGCGGCACCAGCAUACCCAUACGACGCGAACAUGAAGGGGCUCGAGGCAUAUCUCCCUCGCCUCCAGGCCGCUGCAAACCGCACCAGCCCAGUCGAACCGUCCGUGACACCAAAGCCACUGCCGGAGGGCGGUGCGAAAUCUCGCUAUCCAUCGUCAUCAUCCAUGAAGGCGUCGACAGUCGCCGGUGCGGCUGAGCCUGGUGUGCGUGCCGCACGCUCGCGAAACGAUCAUCGCACCUCCCCUGUGCGGGGUCGCGCUACUCUUGGUUUAUCUCAGCCGCGCACAAAUCGGGGUUGUGAGACGUCGGCGGAGGAGAGGGACAGCGAGGAUGACCAACAAGCCCUGUCACCCCUGCGUACCCUCGCGAACCUGCCGGAGCGCACGCAGGAGUUGUGCGAGGAGCUCAUCGCUCUCGACUCUCUUGUCGAGACGGAUGAAGCCUUCUUUACCGCACAGGAGGAGAUGGAGGCACACAUCAUGGAGUUGUUACGGUCGUGGCGUGGGGCGGCGGCGGAAGGCGACUCGCGAGGUGGAAGCCGACGGCCCUCGGGUGUUUAUGCUCUCGCUAGUGCGUUGACUUCAACCGCUGCUGGCACACAACUGGGCGACGCGGUCGCCAGCAGCAGCAGUGGCGGCGGGGGCGGGGGCACGCAGCGUGUCCUGCAAGACUUCGACGAGGCUCGUCACCGCAUCGCUCUCUUGGCGAAGUUGCAUGAGGAGCUUACAGAGAUGGAGGAGCAGCAUCGCGAGCUCCAGCGCCGCUACGUGGUGGAGGGCUCACCGCUGUCGGCGUUGGAUGAGCUCUGCGCGCGGCUGGACGAGGAGGACGGGGAAAUGCGCGAAAACGGCGAUGAGGCACGCUACGCUGAAGGCUCAGAGAAGGUUGGCUGGGGUGCCCAUAGAGACGGCCGAUCGAGGGCGCGACAACGGCAGGGGGGCGAUGUGGUGCGGGCCGGACUAGCCGCCUGCCGUCUUCUUGCCGACCGACUGCGCUCUCGUGGCAUGAUGGUCGUCGACCAUCUCACGGACGAGCUCCUCUGCACGCGUUCCGAGGUGGCGCGACAUGACUGGACGGCGUUGGAGUCGUCGACUCCCCUGACCCGAAUGGACCGUGUGUCGCCUCUCGACGCGCGCGAUGACAGCCCCGUCUCUGGCGCCUCGAUCAGGUGGUGCACGUCGCUCUUCCCGCCACCGCUCCGGGUGGCGGCGGUGAGUCGAGGCGGGAAAGACAGCGCGAGCCUUUUCGCGAACCGCCGUGCGAAUCAUUUUGGUGAAGCGGCCGGAGGCACGCACGGCAAUGACGGCGAUGAGUCGGACAGCUCUAAAGGCACUGUGACGACCACAGAGACGCCAGAGUCCUUUGUUCUUCGCGUGCAAGUCCCGGUCUUCGCAUCUGCCACACCGCCAGCCUUGGUGACCUCCUUGCCAGCUGCCGUGACGACAACCGCGGAAGGUGCAACGGUCACCACAGCAAGUUGCACGUCCCGUGUCAGCGGUGAUGGUCUCCAUUCCUCGAGCUCAGCGGAGGGGAUGCGAAGGCGGUCAAGCGGAGCCGCGCAAUCACUCCUAACGGCACCGCCCACCACCGUCUCCGUUAUCGCCACUCCUACCCGCUACGCUCUUGUCCAGCUGUACGAGUGCUGCCGUGAGGGGCUCGCCACAAUGCUCACUCGACUCUGCACGCUGCGUACCCGGCGCUCCAAGGAGGCGGAGCUGCUUCAACAAGAGCAGAGUGCGAUGGACGUGUAUGAUCCUGCUGCAGACGACCUUGCUGACCGGUGCGCGGCGCUUCUUCGUUAUGUGGCUCAACUGGACGAGUGGGCUGGGGAGGUGCUGCAGAUGGACCAAGUGCUCCACGAGCGCGUGAAGCUUCCAUUGGAUGCCGCCCUGCAGACCUAUGAGAGGGUGCGUAAUCAGCUGCUGGAGGUGCUGAAGCAGCGGUUAGAGGACGAAGAGAGGCGCCACAGCGAACGCGCCGCGGCAGCGGCGGAUGCCGAGGAAUACGGUGGUGAAGCGGAUGACCGAGGCGAACAUUAUCUGCCGCAUGAGCGGGUGUGCGAUGACAACAGCGAGGAACUGCACGCAUUGCCAGGCGAGGGCGGCGAAGGGGAUGUCAGCGAUCAGCGCCGGAUGUCGGGUUCGAUUGGCGACUAUCGGGCGCAUCGAGUUACUCAGCCGCCUGCGAGGGCGUCAUCCGGCGCUGCGCCACCGACCGCCCUGCCGCGCGCGUCUGCCGCGUUCAUUGAGAUGCUCGAAACGCUCUUGCAGGAGCAGCAAGCAGCUGGUGAGGCCCUCCGCGCCACCGCAACAGCCUUCGCUGGUGGCACGUCCGGGAGCGAGCGGGAGCUGGACACCGGCGAGCACUGCGGAAAAGACGGUGAGCCAAGCGAGGAGCCACCGGCGCCUGAGCAGGAGUCGUCGGCAGCAGAGGGGAACGAUGAGGGCACCCGCGCGCUGGUCGGUUUAGAGACUACGUCAGAGGCGGAGCCCGUGAACACGGCGCCCGCGGCCCACUCGCACAGCAAGGCAGCGAUGGUCGCGGCCGGCAAAGCGAGCGCGAGCGAGGCGACUAACACCCAGGCCGAUAGACCGAGCGAAGACGUCGACGCUGGUCACGUUGCCGGCCGUCGCCGUCAACGUGACGAUAGCGAGGGCGAGAGCGAAGAGACUCCCUCGCAUUCUGUGCUGCCCCAAGCCGCUGAGCGAAAGCAUGCGCAUACCCUGGACUCCACCUCGGCGGCAGCGUCGCCGCGUGAGAUUACCGUCUGGGUCUCGUCUACAUCUUGCUCUGAGUUGGGGGAAGAGCUUGUGGAGGACGUGGGCAUGGAGCAGGGUGCAGUUCAGACUCAGGGAGGAAUGCACCGACUAGCGAAGAUGCUGGGGCCUGAGCCCGAGGACAGCGAUGGUGAUGACGAUGUCUCUGACUCCGAUAGCGGUGACGACUCUCGGAACAGCAGAGAAGGCACUUUAAACCCCACGAACCAGCCCCAGCGGUACGCUCUCGGCAGUGGUAACGGACUAGGGGAGGGGCUUCGCGCCUUCUUCUCCGCUGUGGUGCGCCGCGCCAUGAACUUUGAUGACAGCGACGACGACGCCGAUGAGACUGAGAUGGCGAUGGCUUUUCAAGGACGGCAAAAAGGCGGUGCAUCGCAGCUGCCUUCGCACAAGCGUGCCCGCCGCGAGUAG